AUGACGGCAACCGAAAGUUCUUUUGUGUCGGACUGCAAAUUGUUUCAUGGCGCGACAAUUAUAACCGUCAACAAGAACCGCGAGGUGAUCUACAACGGCUUUAUCCGAGUCGAUCAUGACCGAAUUACAUCUGUCGGGAAAUGUCCGUAUCCUGAUGUUUUGCCUCCAGUGGCGAAUGAAAUUGAUUGCGAAGGAAAAAUAAUUAUACCCGGGCUCGUUAACACACAUGCCCAUCUUGUUCAAUCGCUUCUCCGGGGUCUAGCAGAGGAUCUGCCUUUGCAUAACUGGUUAUGCGAUGCUAUAUGGCCUUUGGAGGCAGUUUAUGAUAGCGAUGAUGGCUACAAUGCUGCACGACUGACUAUAGCGGAGAUGUUGAAAACAGGAACAACAUGUUUCCUGGAUCCGAUGUUGACAUAUCGCGCUGGGUUUGAUCAGGUCUGCAAGGCCGUCGAAGAAUUAGGAAUUAGAGGCUGUCUGGGCAAGCUGGUGAAGUUCACCGAGACCAAUCGCCAAUUAUCAAUCUCCGACCCCAGAGACCGGGAUUUGCUUGAGAUGUCUGUUCCAAAACUCAUUGAAGCACAUCAACGGCACAAUGAUAGCCAUAACGGCAGAAUCAAAGUAUGGGCGGCUGCGGGUACUCCUCGCGGUGCGCCGAUAUCUCAGUAUGCAGAGUUGGGGGAAACAUGUGCCUCGCAUGGUAUAUCGAUUACAAUGCAUUGUGCUGAGGCUCCUAAAGACCGAGAGAUUUACCACAACUCAUAUGGAUGCAGCUCAAUGGAGUUUAUACAAAACGCAAAACUCUGCCCACGGCACAAUACUGCAUCGUCGAACCAGCAUAAGACGCACAAUCUCGUGCUGGCUCAUAUGGUGAAUCUAGAUAACGAAGUUGACAUUCCACUACUCGCGCUCACGGAAACCUCAGUGGCACAUAAUCCAACUUCGAAUCUCAAAUUGGCCUCGGGUGUCGCGCCGGUUCCAUAUAUGAUUGCAGGAGAGUCUCCUGUUAACGUAUCGUUGGGUACAGAUGGCGCACCUUGUUCGAAUCAUUAUGAUAUGUUCCAGGAAAUGCACCUGGCUGCCAUAUUACACAAAGGAGUUAAUCGCGAUGCCAGCUUAGUCCCGGCAGAGGUGGCACUUGAGAUGGCAACAAUCAACGGCGCUAAGGCCCUGGGGUUAGAGGCUGAUAUUGGUAGCCUCGAGGAGCAAAAGAAGGCGGACUUUGUUGUACUCGAUCCGUAUGGUCAUGGGGGACUCGGGGUCGCUCCUUGGACAUCUAAACUAUCUAAUCACGGCGUCAACCCCGUCACCGCUGUUGUGCAUGGGUGUACCGGACGUGACGUAGACAUGACAGUGGUCAAUGGUGAGAUUCUCGUUGAAAACGGGCUGUUGACUCAUGGUGGGAGAAAAGGAGAGAUGGAAAUUGUUCGCAAAGCUCAGGUGUCUGUUGAGGGUAUAUUGGAGCGAUGUAAUCGUGAUCGAGAAGAAGGCGCGAAUAUUGGCGGGAAGGUUGCGAGCAAUUGGUCGUAUAUUUAG